AUGCUUCUCGGGCUGAAUACGGUCUGUGACAUCUACUUUACCGGUGCGCUUGAGGAGAUGGUGACGGAGUGGCAGAUCAAACCUGACGUGGCCGGCGCCACGUUCAUGGCUGCAGGUGGGUCAGCGCCUGAGUUUUUCACCGCGCUGAUCGGUACCACUAUCGCAAUGAGUGAUGUGGGCUCCAGCACAAUCGUUGGCUCCGCUGUGUUUAACGUGCUCUUCGUGAUCGGCCUCUGCGGCUUUGUUGCGAAAGAGGCGAUCGAGCUGACGUGGUGGCCACUCUUUCGGGACUGCACGUAUUACAUAUUUGGUCUCAUCAUACUAGCGUUGGUCGUCAAGGACAGGGAAAUCGCCGUUUGGGAGGGCUGCACGGUGGCGGAUUGUUUGCCGCCUACAUUGUGUAUUGUACCAUAA